UGAGCGAAAGAGGGUAAAGAACGGAGAAGAGAAUGAAAGAGGAGAAACGGUGACAGGUUGGGAACAGAGUGCGUGUUAACGCGCUUCUCCUCGCGCGCUCCGCUCCGCUGUUUCUGAGCGAUGACUAAAGGCGCUGCGCCGUUUCUGCGCGUUGACCGAGCUCAUCUCACUCAGAGCCGGCCGCUCUCCCGCGCGGCGCGCUCGCUCCGCGCGCUGACGUUCAGAGCUGAUCAGCGCGCGGCACAACACCAUUAGCUCGCGGAGGACAGACACGCGGAUGUGAACGCGCGGAGGAGCCGGAGGUAAUCCCCUCCAUGUGAGGAGGCGGCCCGGCUUGCGGAGGCGUGUUGUUUUUCUUUUUUUCUUUUUUUUUUACUUUCCUCCCUCGCCCUCAUCCCCUCCACCCCCACCCCCCUCCUCAUUCAAAUCCUUUACUGGUCCUAUAUAAAGCGGGACUCCGGGCGCAGGAGCAGGAGGACAGGAGGAGGAGGAGGAGGAGGAAGAAGAAGAAGAAGAGGAGGCUGCGCAGCCUGAAAACCCCCCGAGAUGGAGAGAGUAGGCGAGAGGCGCGCGUGCGCGGCGGGCACGGCGAGCGCGGCAAGCCGCAGGAUGAUGCAGGACGUGCAGGAGCUGGCGCGCGCGCACGCGGCCAAGGCUCUGCGGAGCGCGGCGGUGUGCGUGCUGCUGCUGCCGCGCUUCUUGCUCGCCGCGCUGCUCCUGUGGCUCCUCGACUUCCUAUGCAUCCGACGGAAGGUGCUCGCGAGGAUGCGGGAGCGCGAGGGCGCGGACGGUGACAGCGCGGACGACCCGGCCGUGCGCGUGUCCGACUCAAACCGGAUGUUCACGCUGGCGUCGCUGCGCGCCGUGUGGCACGGCCACAAGCUGGACUUCUUCAAGACGGCGCGCGUGGGCGCCGCGGCUCCCAACAGCGAGGUGGUGCCGCUCGCCGAGCACAAGAGGGCGCGCAUCCUGGACUACGCGCGCGGCCGCCGGCCGCUCAUCCUCAACUUCGGCAGCUGCUCGUGACCGCCGUUCAUGCGGCGCCUGGCGGCCUUCCGCCGCCUCGCCGACCAGUACGCGGACAUCGUCGACUCGCUGCUCGUGUACAUCGAGGAGGCGCACCCGUCGGACGGCUGGGCGAGCUCGGACGCGCCCUACCAGAUCCCGCGCCACCGCUGCCUGGAGGACCGGCUGCGCGCGGCGCAGCUCAUGAACACCACGGUGCCCGGCAGCAUGGUGGUGGUGGACACGAUGGAGAACGCGGCGAACGCGGCGUACGGCGCCUACUUCGAGCGCCUCUACAUCGUCAAGGACGAGGUGGUGGUGUACCAGGGCGGCAGGGGACCCGAGGGCUAUCGGAUAUCCGAACUGAGGUGCUGGCUCGAGCGCUACCGCAGCGAGCUCGAGGGCUCCAGGGCCGUGGUGGUGCACGUGUAGGACACAAAACAAAACAAACAAGAGAAAGAAACGGAGCACGAGGAGCGCGUGAACGGAAGAGGGGUUGUGAUGGUGGUGGUGUUUCUGUUGUUAUCGUUGUUGUUGUUGUUGUUGUUGUCAUCAGCGUUGCGAACGCAUCGUCCAGAGACUGACGACCUAAGCUCAGACUGAAAAAACUAAUGGAAUCCACUCUUAUGUUUGUUCAUGUUGAUUAUCUCGUUGUGGAGCAGUUUAUUUUUGUAAGGUCUGUACUGUGUGUGUGUGUGUGUGUGUGUGUGUGUGAGUGUAAAUAGAGAGACUGUGUGUAUGUGAAUGAUGAGUAAAUUGGGGAGACUGUUCGCUGUUUGUUGUGUGUGUAUGUAUAAUGUAUAAAUGAGGAGACUGCGUGCGUGCGUGUGUGUAUAUGUGUGUGUGUGUGUAUAUGUGUGUGUGUGGCCAUUGGGCUGUUUUAUUGUACUCUGGUGUUGUUGUGAAGUUCGGUUUUUAAAAGGAUUUGAGCCAGAAAACCGGUACUGAUGUAUUUUGACACUAGAGUACUUGCAGACAGAAGAAUGGCCUUUAGUACUAAAUUGCCAAACAUUGUUUCGUAAAUUGUGUAUAUUUUAUUGAGCAAAUAUUUUUUAAAUAAAUAAUAGAACACCUA